AUGAGUGACUCAAAAUUCACUUCUAUGGAUUUUGAGAAAUAUAACACUAACACUUUCGAAGAAAAAAGUGAUAAUGAUAUUGAUCAAAUUGCCCUUGCAAGUGCUCGAGCCCUACUAAAUAAUAAUGAAAAUGAUGAUAUGGAUUGGAGUGAGGUUGAGGUUGAACUUGAAGGACCUGAAAAUUCUGAUCAUA